GAUCUCCUAGAUCUAGAUGAGAGAGAUUAGCUGCCAUAUCUAGCCGAAGAACCGUUUCAUUUCCGUGUGAAGGUGUGUGUCCAUGUGUUAAGUCCGCAACUUGCGCGCUUGAUGUCGUUUUCCAAUGUCCUAAUCAUGCGACAGCCCGACGAGGGCAAGUGCCACAUCUGCAAGCGUGUCUUCUGCUGCGGCAAAUGCCGCCAGAAGCAUCAGUUCAAAGCGCACGCCAUUGCUGUGCGCGAGCCAUUGGGAUUGAGGGCCGCCGGCGGCGGGAUCGUCGAGCAUCGCCAUCAAAUGGAGUCCGGCGCCACCACCAUCUAUGUGUUCUGUCCGAUCUGCGAGCGGCGCCCCCUGCUGCUGCGCGAGGAGAUGCACGGCGAGCUGCUGGCCCACAUCGAGACCUGCCACCUGCCGCUGCGGUGCCGCAAGUGCCAGCGCAACUACACGCGCGUCGACGACCUGCGGGAGUUCAGCAAGUGCGUGGACCAGCAGCAGAGCUGCACUGAUGUCACCGGCGCCACGGAGACAUCGAGGGCAACGCUAAAGAAGGCGGCGAAUAGCACGGCCAUUUCCACGCAAACGUCGCCGUCCGUGACGCCCAUUUCACUGAUCAACAUGCGCUGGAAGGCCAAGAGCCGCGUCACCCACGAGGAGUUCAUCAGCGACAGCGUCUCCUCCAUACGCAACCUGUCCUCGUUCAGCAACAGCUCCAUUCGCCGCUCCAUUGGCCACCUGGGCGUGAAUGCGUCGGAAACGGUGGGCAAGGGCAAGGUCAUACGCUCGACGUCCACGCCACUGCACGUGGAGUCCGUGUUCGCCAAGCCCAAGGAGCCGAUUACCUUCAAUGCCUCCACUGGCGGCCACGUGUCCAGCAUCUACCACGAGGAGCCCAGUCCGACACCCGAGAGCAAUCCCGUCCAGCAGCAGCAGCAGCAGCCGUUGCAGCAGCGCGCCUGGAAAAUGGGCGCCCGCAACAAGAUGAGCGCCGCAACGCCGCUGCGCCAGGUCAUGUCCAAGAGCAUUCAGAAGGCCUUCGUGGAGCACGGCGGCAUGAUGGUCCACCAGCCGCCAUCCGCAGUGGUGCAGCGUCGCGUGCGCCUCGAUCUCAGCGAGCACAGUUCGCACGAGGCAGCAGGCUCGUCCGCUCUGGACCUGCGACUCUCGCCAGCUAUGCGGCGCACUCAGAGCGAGUCCAGCGCCUCGGAGGUCAGCAGCGGCAGCAGCUCCAGCUGCAGCACCUCGCGGAAUGCCGAUCUGUGCAAGCGGCAGUUCUUGCUGUCCGCACAGAAACUCACCACCGAAUCGAUCAUCAUCACGCGGACGAACUCCAGCUCACAGGAGACCUCUUCCACGGUGUACAACUCCUGCGAGAGCGUCGAGAUCAUACGCUCCACCUCCGAGUCGGCGGAAGUGUGCCACGUGCCGGCCAUAACGCCCAUCCGUGUCACCGGUGCCGGCAUCAAUAAGAAGCAGAUCAAGUUCGAGACGCCGCCCAAGAGCAUCCAGCAAAUGCGACCGAAUGGCGAGGACGAUGAAACCAAGGACCAGUUUUUCACGCCGGAACCGGGAACGCCGGAACUCCCAGAGCGUCGUCAUCGCCAGGCGAUUGUGCCGCGCCAGCUGAGCGGCGAGUUUUCCCCCAAGAAGGAUAAGCCGAAGGAGAAGGGGCUGGCGGUGAUGGCUCUGAUCUCGCCGCCAUUGCAGCAUCCCAGGGUGCGUCCACCGUUGCGGGAAUGCCGUCAGCAGAGGGUCUUUAGCGGCGUGCAGGAUGUGGGCGAGCCGGAGGACGUGGACGCGGACGAGGAGGACGAGGUGUUCCGCCCCACGAACGCCUCCACGUGCAACGACAAGAAGCUGGAGGCGCCCAACUCCGGUCGCCUGUGGUCGCUGAUGAGUUCCAUGAUGCGACUGCCGGCCAGCUUGCGCGGCGAACGCGAAAAGGACAGGGACAGGGAUUCGGAUAAGGAGAACGCUGGCUCGGGCUCUCUCAUCCGUCGCUGCGCCUCCAUCGCUGGUUCCCUGGUGCGCCCCAGUGCAAGGGACUCCUCCAUGGAGAACCAGCAGUGCCUCAAGAGGAAGCGCACUCAGACGCUGGACAGCCAGUACUGCAGCCCGCUGUCGCCGUCCAGCUCCUCGAAGCGCUAUCGCAUCCGGCCCAGGGAGCCCAUCGAGCGCAUGCGUCGCCAGUAGGUUUUAGGCUUUUGCUUGCGAAUCUGUGUUUUAAUUGUGAAUUUCUUUUUUUUUGUCGUUUAAUAAAUGUUUGGUCUUGCAUUAA